AUGGCGAAGAGGAAAGUCACAUCUGCCGGGCAGCCAGCUGCCGAACCAAACCGACGCUCGCUACGACUCCAGAAGCCCGAGGACGGGGCCACAUCCCCCGCGGCGGAAUUGUCCAAAGAGGUAAAGAUAGAUAUGUCCACUGCCAUUUCUGAGCCACCGGUCAAGAAAAGUCGCACGGGCCGGCAACAAUCAAGGCCACGGGCGGCGGGAAGGAGUAGUGAGGAGCCAAAGGCAAACGGCAGCAAUCCUGCGGUUACGUCCUCCAGCGUAACAGAUAAGAAGGAUGACGGGGAGAGAAACUACUGGCUCAUGAAGGCUGAGCCUGAAUCACGGCUCGAAAAUGGAGUCGAUGUCAAGUUCUCAAUCGAUGAUUUGAAGGCGAAAACGGAGCCAGAGCCAUGGGACGGAAUCCGCGCUUAUGCCGCUCGCAACAACCUCCGAUCCAUGAAGAAGGGCGACCUGGCCUUCUUCUACCACUCGAACUGCAAAGAGCCUGGCAUCGUAGGAACCAUGGAGAUCGUCCAGGAACACUCUCCCGACUUAUCAGCCCAUGACCCCAAAGCUCCGUAUUACGACCCCAAAUCCAAGCCAUCCGACCCCAAGUGGAGUGUCGUGCACGUCAAGUUUCGCAGCAAAUUCGCCGUCCCCAUCGGCCUUAAAGAACUAAAGGAGAUGGGGGCGCCAGGGAAGCCUCUAGAGAACAUGCAAAUGCUCAAACAGUCCCGCCUGAGCGUCAGCAAGGUCAGCGCGAGCGAGUGGGAAUACAUUAUGGGCUUGGUCGAGCAGAAGGCCUCCUAA